UUGCUUUUACUUCGGGGCUCUUCGGACUUAUCCAUACUGAUCAAAGACAAUUCUAGAGAAAGCUUAAGAUGUGAAAAUGAAAAAUGUUUCAGCUAAAAAAAUAUGCAAAAGAUACAAAUUUAUAUUACUUGGAGUUCUAAUUAUACUUUGUAUACAACUAUCCUUAUUUUCUUUCAGUCCCAUCACAAAUUCAUCGGAAUCUGAACCUUCAUCUCGUGUGUCCAUAAAUAAGCCAACAGACAGAAACAAAACCAACGGGCCCGAUCCACCAUUACUGAUCCAUGAUUCUACAGACAAAAAGUCUUUCAAGUUUCAACCAAAGUGCCAUAUUACUGUGAAGGAUGCUUUAUCAGCAAUAAGCCGUGCCAAAACUGAACUUUGUAAACAGGAAAUUGCAGAUGUUUCUUGUUUGUCAUUAGAAGAAAAACUUUUCCCAAAGGAUAUACCAAAUUAUUGCCCUUUCAAAGGAAAUCAUACGUCUGGAUUUUACUAUGGAUGUUUUGGAGACAGAACUGAAAAAAGAGAUUUGUCUCAUCACAAAGAAUUUCCAGAUACAAACUCUCCUAAGAAUUGUAUAAAAUAUUGCACAAAUGGAGGUUAUUUAUAUGCUGGGUUACAAUAUAUGAAGGAAUGUUGGUGUGGUGACAAAUUUGGUAGCCAUGGUAAAGUGGAUGUCUCAUUGUGCAAUAACCAGUGUCCUGGGGACCCUUCUAAACCAUGUGGUGGUUACCAGGCUAAUAGCAUCUACACGACUGGAUUAGGAGCAAAAAUAAAAAAGAACCCAGUUGAGUUAUUAGGGCCAAUAACGCAAACCACUAAAGUAAAGAUUGUAUUUGUUUUGACCUUGAAUGGCCGUGCUAUCAGACAGGUCAGAAGGCUACUGAAGGCAAUCUAUCACAGAGAUCAUUUCUAUUAUAUUCAUGUUGAUAGUAGGCAGCAGUAUUUGUAUGAUAAACUGUUACCAUUAGAAUCAAUGUUACCCAAUGUCAGGCUGACCAGGAACAGGUUUGCUACCAUAUGGGGAGGAGCAAGUUUACUACAAGCUCACCUGGCAUUCAUUAAAGAACUUCUGGAAAUGACAGACUGGACAUGGGACUAUUAUAUCAAUCUAAGUGAAAGUGACUAUCCUAUAAAAAAUUUAGAAACCCUUGUGAAUUUUCUGACAAGAUACAAUGGGAAAGUUUUUAUGAAGUCCCAUGGCAGAGACACACCAAAAUUUUUAAAAAAGCAGGGACUUGACCAAAUUUUUCAUGAAUGUGACAAUCAUCUUUGGAGACUUGGGCCUAGGGAACUGCCUGAUGGGCUGCGAUUUGAUGGAGGAAGUGAUUGGGUUGGACUACACAGAAAGUUCUGUGAAUAUGUAAUUACCUCAGAUCCUUUAUUAGAUGGACUCAAGGAAUUCUAUAAGUACACCUUACUUCCUGCGGAGUCAUUCUUUCACACAGUUCUCCAGAACAGUAUAUUCUGUGAUAAAUGGAUGGACAACAAUCUACAUGUUACAAACUGGAUCAGAAAGAAAGGAUGUAAAUGUCAGAAUAAACACAUCGUAGACUGGUGUGGAUGUUCUCCUAAUGAUUUCAAAUCUACAGAUUUACAAAGACUUAUGGUCUUUGAACAGCGACCCAGAUUUUUUGCCAGGAAAUUUGAACCAGCUGUCAAUCAGGACAUAAUCAACAGUUUAGAUCUGUACUUGUUUAAAGACAGACCUCAAGACAUGAAAUCCUAUACAAAGUACUGGCAGAAUGAAUUCCAUUUCAAAGAUAAAGCCAGUAACAAGACAGAUACAUUUCUCAGUUUUUAUGGCUCAUUUCAAAGAAGGAGUUUAGAAAUACAGAAACAUUUAUCCUGUCACCUGAAACCAGUUCGAACAUUAGAAUCCAAUGCUUACUUUGCAGAAGAUCACUAUAAUGGUGCUUUAGUAUUAUAUGAAGCUCAGCAUGAACAAUCGGGAAAAAUAGUUACAUUAGAAUCUCAUUUUACAAGAAGACGUCAUUAUAUUGUGAGUGAUCCCCAGGGACCAGCUGGUAGAUUACUUAGCUUAGAGAUAGGCACUGAAUAUGAUCUGAAAGAAAAUAUAUUUAGAAAUUUUGGACAGCUGAUAGGUCCAUAUAGUGAUAUGACAUUAGAACACAGUUGGUCCAGUGGUUCAGACUUCACUGUAUCUGUAGCCUGGAUAGACCCAACAGAUGUUGUAGCAGCAUCAUAUGACAUUGAAAUUCCAGGAACCAAUCAUAUAGGCUCUCUUAAGCCUGACUUAAAAGUUCCACUUAGACCCGGUGUAUGGAGAGUGAAAUUAAUGCAUAAAUGGGAGGUAGUAGCAGAUACCUCAUUUUUAGUAGUGCCAUUAACUACAUUCCAUCAUAGGCCAGUAACAUUUCAACAAGUACUUUCAUUUCAUAAUGGACCAGGUAGUCUGUAUAUUGAUAAAGAUUUUAAAGAUUUUGACAAAGUCCUACAGGUAAACAGGACUGUUCAGUUACAAAAGGAUGCAGAUUCUAAUGGUAGGAAAACAGGUGAACAGCUAGACCAAUGGGUUGACAGCUUAACCAAAGCAUUCUGGGAAUAUCAAAAUAUAUGUAUAUCUGGUGAAAGUUCUAUAGGUUGUUUAGAGUUUGAUAUUUGUGAGAAGACUUUGUGGAGUUCAAGAUCAGAAGAUCCAAAAUCAGAGCUUCAUGGAGUAGAUUCUAAAUCUGGUCGUUUAAGAUAGCAUUAAUCAAAAUUAGUCUUUUAAUCUAUGCAUUAUUAUAAUUAAUUAGCUGUGGACCAAAUUUAGCAUGAAAUUUGGAUAUUGCCAUCACUUAGCAUCUGUCAUAUAGUAUAUGAAAACUGUUAAGUUUAGUCGUCUCUCUUUUGCACAAAAGGUUCCUCAGUCUUAAAGGUAUAAUAAAAUAUUGCAGUUACAUGAUAAGCAACAUCAUGACAAAAAAAGUUACAGCCAGAGAGUUCAAAAUUGCAAUGACAUCAUUUUGAUAAAUGACCAAAUGGGAAAAUAUGCUGGACCUUUUUGUCUUCUGAAAUAACUAAACCUGUUUUAACAUUAAGUUUAGGGACUGAAACCAUAAUUUAAUGCAAGUUAUGUCAUUCUUAUGAAAGAGAUCGAUACAGACUUCUAAGAGUCACUGUUAUUUAAUUUCAAUGAAUGAGACAAUGAAUUCAUACAUGUGCCAAUAUUUGCAAUUGCUUGACCAAGUUGUAACCUUUAUAAAGUGAUAUAUGUUGUUUAACUAUUUAUUGAUGGAUACUUUUAUGAACAUUUUAUUUUUUAUUUUAAAUAAUUUUCUUUCUUAAUUUCAUUUGUAAUUAAAUUAUGUGAAAUAUAGGUCAACGAAGUCUCUGAUAUUUUAAUAAUUGAAUCAUCUGAUUCACAUGCUUUAAUUACGGACUGAAAUUGAAUGUAUAUUUUGAUUUUUGAAAUUAAAUGUAGUGAAAUUCAUCAGUUUUACAUUUUAGCUUAGUUUUAAUCCAUUGUUAAAAUAUAUUUCCUGUAAAUAUAAGAUUUUGAAAACCUUUUAAAUGAAAAAGAAAAUAGUUACAAAUCACUUUUAAAGUACUUUUAAGCUUUAAAUUAGAUGUGUCUUGUAUUGCUUAAGUCCUAUGAAAUCAAUCAUAUACAUUGUAUCUGUAGAAUGUUUUAAUUCAUAACUUUUAUAUUAGUUACCAUAGUUUCAUAAUUAAAGCCGAAACAGAAAAACCACAAACAAUUUUUAAUUUUUUGAAAACUGAACAGUUUGUUCAUCAUGACAUUAAAAAAUUAUGUACUCAAAAGGUAUACAUGUAUUGUCAUUUCACAUGAAAUUGUCUUUCUCACAGGGGGCAAAGUAAUCAAGUUUUAUGAAACCCAGUGUAAUUUGAAUGACUAUAUUGUUAAAAAACAAAAACAACAAUUUUACAUACAAAAUGUACAAGUAUAUCCAUUUUAUCAAAAUGUUAUUCAAGGCUAUAUUAUAUAUAUAUUUCUAUGAAAGAAGAUUUUUACCAAUAUAUGAUAUUUUCAAAUUAUACAUGUUUGGGGUAAAAAUUUGCAAUGAAAUACAUUGAAAACCAACAGGAAUUAAUAAGACAAUCUAACUGUAGCAAGCCACCCAUUUUCAUUCAGUAUGAUUUUAUUUUUAUGCAACUGUCAGACUGUACAUUUAGAAUAGUUGAUAUGUAUAUUCUGGUCUUCAUAUUAUACUACUGUGUGUGUUCAUAACAUUUAGUAUUUACCUUUUAUGGUGCUCUAAAUACAUGGUAAUAUUAUUUUAUUUUAAUAUGUAUGCUUAUAUUAUUAUUUCUUACUAUCAGAUAGAUCUGUUACAUGCUUUUAAAAGUUUUGAUUAUGUUUCAUGAAAUUAUAUACACAUGUAUUAUCUAGCCAUUAUUGAUGUCUUUAUUUUUUCAAUUGAAUUACUGUUGUCUGGAAAAUUAUUUGUAAAGCAAAUUAUGGUAUUGUUCCGUAGCGGAUCCUGAAAUUUUCAUAAGGGCAGCCCGAUCCAGUCAUGACUCAGUGAUUCCCUCAUGAUAUAAUGAACCAAAUUUGUCACACAAAAAGGGAGGCUCCAACAGCCUGUCACCCUUAAUCUGCCUCUGUGGCAAAAAAUUAUGACAGUCUUUGAAAUCAUUAUGUUUUUAAUCUUUGGAAAACUCAAGCACCAUAAACUUUGUCACCCAUGUUUAAAUUGACCCCAUAAGAAACUUCAAGUGGUAUUAACAUGAAUUGUGCAAUGAAGACAACAGAAAUUAAUUGGUUGUUGUUGUGAUAGAAACUUGUGUUAAUGAGAAUAUCAUGCUUUAAAUAUUUAUUUGUGUUUUGACUAUUAGGCUUCUACAUGUGAUUGUGUAUGUAUGUUUUAUUUGAAGAAAAAAAUUAAAGCAAUUUAUGCCCUGCCUCUUUGCAGGUGCACCAAGAUUUGGCAUGCUGUUUCCUGAGGCGCUUGCAUAAAAAAAUGUGUUUAAGAUAGUGAUUUGGUCAGUUUAAAAGAAAGCACUUAAGGCACAAUUUAUCAAUGAUAUUUGGAUGGAGUUUGAAAAGCAUUGGGACCUCUCAUGGAGAUUUUUUGGUCCUUUCCAAUCAGCUAUGGUCUAUUGGCUUUGAAACUUCUGUUUAUAGUUGAACUUGAUUAAUUUAUUUUUGUUGGUACCUGUAUCCAUUUUCAGGGUUAGGGUAUAAAUUGUAUUCUUGCGGAUAUCAGAUUUAGUUUUUAAUCAGUUUCAAAUAUAGUGGAAAACUUAGGAGAAAGGCAAAGAAUUUGAUUCUGUUGAUCUUUACUGUAAAAGAGCUAUGAAAAGGAAAUCACAAGAUAUUAGUAAUUAUUUAGAUUAAUGAAUAGCAGAUUUGGAUAGAUAUAAAGCACGUAGAAUUAGAUACAAUAUUAUUGUUAGUAGUUCACUAAAUAAUGGCUGUGAUUCUAUUAAUAGAUAUUAGAUUUGAUUAUUAGACAUUGUAAUUUAACUCCAAUGCAACUUACUACAUCUACUAUGCUGUAUUACUUAAUUUUUUGAUAACAUAUUUAAUAGUUUUUUGAAAGGUCUUUUUUACUAUUAAUGUAUACGCAAAUAUUUUGAAUCGUUUAUUAUAUAAAUUUGUUCUUCCAUGAUGUUGUUAAAUUCUACUUAUGACAAACUUGUUUACUACUACAGCAAAUAUUUUAUGGUUGGGUUCACUUUUAAUUUUGUCAUGUACCAAUUUUUUUAUUGAUUUGUUUUACUUUGUUUAAUCCAUCAACACUAAGCCUUAGCAAUCAAAUAGAUGCUAUUUUUUGGUUUGCUUGGAUUAUUGGUAUGAAAAAUUAGGAAGUUUAAAAAUCAGUCACAUGAUUUAUUUUAUUAUUAAAUUGUAAAAAUUGGUACUGAUCUAGUUCAAGUAAUUUAUAUAUGUUACUAAUGUUAAACUUAUCUAAAAUAAAACUUUUUAUCAACUA